UCGGGGCGGGUGUUGGACGAGAUGAACGAAGUCGACAAAUUCCUCUUUCAUAUCUCCAAAAUCGAAAGACUCGAACAAAAGCUCAAAAUCAUGUUUUAUAUGACAUCUCUGGUUCAGCCCAACCAGAGCCGAGAGGACAAUAUCGUGAAUCAGUGCCGGUCGCGCAUCGCCACCAUCACCGAAGCCGCGAGACUUCUUCGCAAAUCGCCGGGAAUUCGCAUGAUUUUGGAGUACGUCCUCGUUUUUGGCAAUUAUCUCAACAGUUCCACCCGUACUAUAGCGACGGCGCCGGCCUAUGGCUUCAAACUGACCACUUUGGACCUCAUCUGUGAAACGAAAUCUAGUGUCGAUCGCUCGCGAUCUCUAUUACACUAUAUAUCAGACAUUAUACUAAGCAGUGCUGAGAACGGACCCAAACCCGUGAGACCCAACAUCUUCUUAACUUUGGGCAAAAAUUCUGGUCAUAUGUCAGGCGGAGAUACGUUAGAAAAUGUAAAAAUGCCGUUUGAUUUGGAAAAGCUGUUGGCAGCCAUCGAAAGGGCAACCGUCGUGUCGAUGGAAACGUGUACUCUCGAAGUGAUUGACUUAGAAAAGGGAAUGGAUUUAUGUAAACAAGAGUUGCAGUUACGGAACAGCAGUGGUUUGGCUAACAAUCAGGCGACUCAACACUUGAGACAAUUCAUAUCAAACAAAUCACCGGAACUUCAGGCCCUUCGCGAGGACCUCAAGAGAGCGCAACACGAGUACAACGAAUGUGUGGAAUAUUUCGGCGAAAGUACUAAACUCAUGGAGUCGUCGAACCAAUUGUUCGGAACGUUCACCCGAUUCCUGAAGAACUUCAAGCAAUGUCAGAGCGAUAACGUCACACAACAGAGGAAGAAGUUCGAGGAAGAGCUCAGACAACAGAUCGCAGAAAAGCAACAAAAGUCACCCGAAAAGGAGGCAUCAAAUGAAGUGAAAGUGAGGGAAAAGCGUUUACUAAAGCAGGACGAGGUCUACAACGGGGCUCUCGAAGACAUACUCCUCGGUCUGAAGAACGAGCCCUAUCGGAGGGCAGACGCCGUCCGCCGCAGUCAACGCCGAAAACAGGAGAAUAUAAGGCUAUCGUCGACCGAAUUGAUGGAAAUGUAAAAUAGUUUUUAAGUUUUAAUUUUAUUUAUUACGAUAUUUUGAAAUCAAGUGAUGUUUUGCAUA